UGUCGUUCGAGGCCCGAGUAAAAAUCCGGACUCCGCAAUUUGUAGAGCCAUCCUCCCCCAAGACCCCGCUGUAUCACCCUCUACGCUAACAAAACGGCACAUACGAAUGAGAACGAGAUGGCACCGCCAGAAUCCACAGAAAUUCCGGUGGAGUGCGAAAGGCUGCGUCGGGCACUGUACGACUGCCACCGCCGUAUUCCUUCUGGUUUAGGAAGGGAUGCGUCGUGCCGGCACCUUAACCGUGGACUGGCGCAGUGCCUGGUAUCGGUGGUAUGUCCUCGGGAAUUAGAAGCGGUUCGCAGCUUAUGUAGUAGCGGCGGAACUGCAUUGAAGAGAUCGCAGUGCGAGCAGGCUCAGCUAUCUCUCUCCGUUUGCCUCUCUAACCAUCAGCACCAAUCUUGAAACGCCCACAGCG